GCUUUGCACGAUCAGCACAUACCACUUGUAAUUUGUAGCCGGUCCCUGUAGCCUGGCCAGCACCCAAUGCAGUAGGGCCAACACUUCCAGAAGAAGCCCCCAAGUCUGGCUGCAUGCACAUAACCAUGGAGAUGAACAAUGAGCACCCAAAAGAACAGCUGCCAUUCACAUUGAGGAGAUUCCAUAUUUCUGAAGAUUAUGGCUUCCUUCUUCCUGACCCACUGAAAGAACUUCCUCCUUUCUACAGUCCUUGGAUGGAGAUUGCUCACAAACUGCCUCAGCUGAUUGAGAACCAUCAGCUUCGCUCACAUGUGAAUAAGAUGCCUCUGCUGAGCAGCCAGUAUCUCCAAGGACACAAAGAACUAUAUUUGGCUCACGUGGUCCUCAGCUACAUCACAAUGGGCUACGUCUGGCAGGAAGGUGAAAAGGGGACCAUUAAGGUCUUGCCGCGAAACCUUGCCAUCCCCUUUGGAGAGAUCUCGCGGGUAUUAGGACUGCCUCCUAUCCUGGUUCAUGCGGAUUUUGUUUUAGUCAACUGGAAGAAAAAGAAUCCUUAUGGACCUCUGGAAUUUGAGAAUUUGGAGCCCAUCAUUUGCUUGCCUGGAGGAGCGAGCCUCAGAGGCUUCAUUCUUGUCACUUUCCUGGUUGAGAAAGCUGCUGCACCUGGGAUCAAGGCAGUGGCUCAGGUUGUUAACAGCAUCCUUCAGCUUGAUAAUAGACUUCUGGAAAAAGCACUGCAAGAAGUAGCAAGCAGUCUCAGAGACAUGACCAGGGUGCUGAAGAAAAUGCACGAUUGUGUGGAUCCUGCAAUAUUUUAUGGUGUGAUACGACUUUUUCUUUCUGGCUGGAGGGACAAUCCUGCCCUCCCAGAAGGGCUGAUCUAUGAGGGUGUCUGUGACAAGCCACUGGUGUACUCUGGGGGUAGUGCAGCACAAAGCACCACACUGCACACCUUCGACGAACUCCUUGGAAUCCAACAUUGCAGGGAAAGCACUGCAUUUUUGCACCAAAUGAGGGAAUACAUGCCCCCUCACCACCGGGCUUUCAUCAAGGAAAUCCAGUCUGUUCCUCCGCUGAGGAGUCAUAUCCUAUCCUCCAGAAACGAGGGUCUCUGUUCUGCAUACAACAUGUGCGUGUCUGCCCUUUCUGACUUGAGGACCUACCACAUUGCCAUGGUUGCCAAGUACAUCAUCGCGGCAGCUCGCAAUGCCAAAACCAAGCCAAGCGAGCCCACUUCAUCAAUAAGCCCCCCCUCUUUCCUGGAAGAGAGGGGGACGGGAGGUUCUGAGGUUCUGAGCUUUCUCAAAAGUGUCCGUGACACGACAAAAGAAGCCAUGUUAACUUUUUAAAAAGCUUGUUCUUUUUCUCAGUUUGGGGUUCAGCUAGGAUGGCCAGUGAUGCAUCACCAAAAAAAAAAAAAAAGCACAAAAUGUUUAUAUGCUCAUUUAUAUGUAAUCAGUACAAAUUUAGAAAUGACUGCUAUAAUUUAAAUAGGAACUGGGUACAUCUCAUCACAGUGUCACCAGGUGAGCUGUGUGUGCUUGUUCGGUCUGCUCUGCAACUUCUAGCCCCUUCUGUUCCCUUUCCCUUCUUAGAUAUUUUUGUCUUUCAACCCCAAGACUUAGACCAGACAGUCCUUCAGAUAGAGGACUACUUGAAAUAAAGCAGCAUACCCACCUUUUUGGGCCUCGGGGCACAUAUGUAAAUCUAAGAAACUCUCCUGAGCACCACAAAACACCCAUUUCAGAGAAGAAAAUCUGGCAAUGUUUAGGAACCCCUCCCUCCAAAAAACAACCACCAGCCAAAUUCCCUAAAAUCCCCUAACCAAUAAAACACACAAAAGCAAUCAACCCCCUGAAAAACAGACAUCCCACCCUUGAGGAAGGGCUGCCACUCAGUAGCAGAGCAUUUGUUUUGCCUCCAGAAGGUCCAAGGUUCAAUUUCUGGCAUCUCCAGGUAGGACUGGAGACCCCUGUCUGAAGGCCUGGAGAGCCACUGCCAGUCAGUGCAGACAAUACUGAGCUAGAUGGACCACUGGUGUGACUCAGUCUAAGGCAGCUUCCUAAGUUCCCACUAAACAAAAAAACCCCUCACUUUUUAAAAAGCGGAGGGGUUAGGGGUCCUUGGCAGGCACCAUGGAGAUGUGUGAGGGUGCCAUUUUGGGAGUCCCAGUAAAAUGUGAAUGGCAAUGCAGCUGUCCUUCAAAAUUCACCCUUCUCUGAAUUUUGAGAUUAUGUUCACCAAACAAAAAAGUGUAUAUCAGGGGAAAGUGUGCGUAACAAUGCAUCUUUUCAUGAAAAAAAUGCAUUAUAUUAGGGAAAAUAUGUUGCAGAAAUUUGUAUAUUAGGUACAACUGCUUGCAAAAAUGCUUAUAUUAGGAGAAAUGUCCACUAAAAUUUUGACUUUUUUGGUCAGGUGUUUAAUUUUUUAUUUUAUUUUAUUUUCUGCAAACUGGUGCAGAAAUACGGCAAACUGGAUGUAAGAUUGGUAAAAUGAGAAAGUGUGAGACAGAUUUGUCCAUCCUGACUCUUCUUUGAUGACAAGAUGUCAUGGAAGCCAUACAAUGAGUGCCUGUGACAUUUGUGCAACCACACUCCAUGCUGAAUCUGCAAUCACUGCUGUAGUGUUAUGAAAAGGGGUGGGUGGGAAUAAUAUUGAAGUCAAAGCUAAGGUGGUUUCAAUGUUGCACAACAAAUGGAUCAAACUGCACAAUCCUUGCACUAUAAAUCUGUCUUCUGGAAAGAUUUGUAGAUGGAACCAGAGGUGAUGCUUCUUGAUUCCUGGUGAUUAAUUCAGCAUAAGUAAAUUUAAUUGCCCAAUUAAGGAUUUCUCCUCAUUUUUUUGACACUUCUUUAAUCAGUUUUCCCCACCCCACUCCCAAUGUGUCAGGAGAGGGUUUUUGUUUAAUGUCAUAAAGGGGGAAUAGUCAAUGCUAGUCCUACUCAGAGUAGACCCAUUGAAGUUAAUGGACAUGGCCAAUCUAGGUUCAUUCAUUUCAAUGGUUCUGCUCUGAGCAGGACUUAGCACCCAGGAAGUCCAGCUGAGGCAAGUUACACAGAAACACCACAGUCUUGAUUCCGCAGCUAGUGAAAAUCCUUAAAAAUCCUUUAUCUGAGAUGAGAAAAAAGAGUUCCUAAAUGUUCUGGGCACUACAAUCCAUCAAACGUUAGCCAUGAAUAACUUCCGUUGAAAUCACUGGCAUUUAAGUUAGUCCUGAAAAGCCUGGCCAGUACCUGGCCAAAAUCUUGAAGAAACAGAAUAGAUCAAACCACCUCAUUUGCAAGUGAAAGAUAACAUUUUUGAACGAUUCCUCCCUGGAAGUAGAAAGUAGCAUAGCGAGAUCAGGUUUGGGCUAGAACCUUCCUCCCGAUACCCUAGUUUUCUCUUUUUCUUUGAACUGCAGGGAAGGUUUUCUUUAUGGGAGGACAUCCAAAGGUGGCACAGUCUAUUGCAAGGGUGGCAAACCUCAGGCCCGGGGGCCAAAUGUGGCCCUCCAGACCUCAGUAUCUACCACUCAGGACUCUCUGUAUGCCACAUCCCGCACUGUCCCUGCUCCAUCCUUAAGUGCUGGAAGGUGAAUUUUGGCACGGCUGGAAUGGAGCCAUGAAAUGGAAUCACAUCCAUUACUCCACCCACUUUUAACUCUGACCCACCCACUUUUGGAUCUGGUCCCAUCAUUGGCACAUGGCCUCCAGAAACAUGCUCAUGAGGAAAUGUGGCUCUUGGGCUGAUAAUUUUCCUACUCUGGUCAUUUCCAAACCCAAUUCAAAGUGCUGGUUUUGACCUAUAAAGCUGUUUACGGCUCAGGUCUCCAAUAUCUUCUGGAACUCCUCUCCUGAUAUGAACCUACCCAGACCCCUAGAUCUUCUGAGGCCCUUCUCCAGGUUCCCCCCUCUGGGGGAGGCUCAGAGGGUGAUGACAAGGGAGAGGGCCUUCUCAGUGGUGGUUCCCCAUCUGUGUGAAUAUGCUCCCUAGUGAGGUCCACCUUCAUUAACAUAUUUUCAGUGUCAGGUAAAGACUUACCUUUCCCCCCAGGCUUUUGAUAGACUAAGAUGAUAUUGUUUGUCAUUAGUGUGCUUCCUGUGGCUGUUUUGGGGAUGGUUGCUGUUGUUUGGAUUUUAGUGUAUGAUAUAUUUAUUUGUGUUUUUAACAAUGUUGUAAGUCGUGGAGACCUUCGGGUAACAAGCAACUAACAAAUUGAACAAUAACAACUAUGACUUCAGGACUAUGCCACGCUGUUUUGCUACAUGUGUAGGUGAGAUCCAAGUUUUUUUUAUUGCUUUCCUGGCAGAAACUUCCUGAUCAAGAAGCAAGUCAUAGAGUCCCAUGGGACUUCAUCCCAAGUAAAUGCACAUAAGAUUGUCGGCUUAGUGUUGGCUAAGUUUUCCAGGUUUGUGCCCAGAAUGACCCUGGGAAUGGAGAAUGAUGGCAGAUCCUUCCACAUUCAAGCUGCUUUUGAUCAAAGAGGGAAGCUGACUAUUUCAUAAUAUUAUCAUCUCACAGGCUCCGAAAUAAGUAUUAAUACAUAUCCUGCCUGGGCUCAAGGUGUAGACAAGUAACUGGCCAAAGGACACCCAAUAUAUACUGUGGCAGAGUGAGGAUUUGAACCUGGAUCUUCUUUGAACGACUCUGAUAAAAUACACAAAACAAACAAAGGGCAUAUUGGUCAAAUGUGGACUAUGGUCAAUUGGUUCACCAUCCUUAAGCACUCCCCAUGGCUAAAACGAUGUGUUUAUUAUGUUUGGCUGUAAUUUGACCCUUUGCUCAAACUCUGCUUCAUAGAUAUGAUCCAUCUGUGAACGCAGCUUGCAGGGAAUCUGAUGACCUUCGAAUAACCUGGUGUCUGUUCUUUUCACGGAGGCUGUUUUCAAGCAGACUUCUAGCACACUGCAGUAAGUAGGUCACAAACCUUCCAACAGAGGAUUGUCCUCUCUGAAGUAGAACAUGCGGCUAGGGAUGGACAGAUCUGUCUUUCAGUUGCUCAUUUUCCCAAUCUUAAGUUCAGUUCACCACAUUUCUGUAUCAGUGUGCAAUUUUUAAAAAAACCCUCAAGAAGAUUUGGCACCAUUUUAGUGGGCAUUUCUCCUUAUACACAUUGUUAUGCAAUUUUGCCAAACACAUGCAUAUUUGCAAGCAAUUUCACCUAAAAUACUGUAUUUUGCAAGCUAUUUUCACAGAAGCAUUUUUAUGCAUACUUUCCUUUAAUCUGUGCAUUUUUCUACACAUUUUGGUCAGAAGGGAAUAGGAAGUCUCUUUUAAGAGAGGGAAAUGUCACAGGGAACAACUAGGAUGCAGCAGGCAGGCCUUGCCACUUUUAAAAUCGGUCUCCUUCCUGGAGUUCACAGGAGCUUCAAAAAUGUACUCUGGGUGAAGAAUAUUUUCUAGAUCUCAUAGUGAAUCCAUGGCUGAACUAUGUAUCACAUAAGGCACUGCCCAUUACAUGAAAAUACAUGUAACGACCCCGGAGAGAUGCAUUUUGUAAGAAAAAGCAGCUUCAGUGGGCAGGUGAUUUGGAGUAGAGAAACAGCAGGAGCAAAGGGGCAUUUGAUCCAUACUGAGGGAUGGAAGAAUCUGUCCAUUUCCAUUUUUCUCAGUUUCUCAUUUUCCCAGACUUAAUUUCAAUUGAACACAUUUCUUCAUCAGUUUAUUAUUAUUAUUUUUUAAAAAGCAUCAGCACUAGGGAUGGAAAGUUAAUUUCUGUUCUCUCAGUUUCUCAUGUCUCCAGUCUUAGAUCUCCAGAUUUCUGCAGCAAUUUGUGGGCUUUAAAAAAAAAUCCUCAUGAAAAUUGCCUGGCAUUUUAAUUCCAAUUUCUCCUAAUAAACACAUUUUUGUCUGCAGUUUUGACUAAUGUACACAUUUUGGCAAGCAAUUCCUCCUAAUAUAAUGCAUUUUUGUAUGUUACUUUCACUAAUAUAUUCAUUUUUCCAAACAUUCUUUGGUUGGAGAACUGCAAUGCAAAAUUCGGAUAAGUGCAAAUUUCAAAGGAUGGCUGUGUUUUGGUUAUCUUAUUGUUUUGGAAAGUGCAAAUAUGAUAGAUUCAGCUUGAAAUGCAAACUGAAUAGAAUUUAUCGCCCAUCCCUAAUCGACACUAUAGUGUGCAUUUCUCCUAAUUUACAAAUUUUUGUAUGCAACAUUGCCUAAUAUAGACUUAUUUGUAAGCAAUCUCCUUUAAUAUAACACUUUUUUGUAUGUUAUUUUCACUUAUCGACACAUUUGACGCACUCCUUCCCUUAAUAUAUGCAUUUUUGUACACAUUUUGGGAGGUUGGAAAAAUGUAACCACUUUUCCUGGUCUGAAACCCUGGAGAGCUGCAGUAUAUCACCGUAGACAAUACUGAGCUAGACAGAUAAUUGGUCUGGCUCAGUAUAAGGCAGCUUCCUUGGUUCUGUUGCACAAUUCAGGGACGUGCACAUUUUGAAAGAUGUAUUUCAGUUCUUUCAGGAAGUGUGAAUUGUAACCAAAUUUCUUCCCCCUCCCCUCCCAUACUCUACCUGUCAGUUCUCCCCACCCCUGUUCAUGUGUCUUACCCCAAAUGGGAUUCCAAACAGAUUUGUCCUCUCUCUGUGUUUUAUUACUGCUCUAUAUGCAACCCAGUUAGUAGUGCAAUCCCAUUUUCCCUUGUAGGAAAACCUGCCCACGGAGUGCUUUGAAAUACUUAGCAGCACCUACUCUUUUGAUGUCAGAUUUAAGCUUGCUAGAAGUUUUAUCUGUGGGAAAUUCUGCAUAGUUCUGUUAUGUGGGGCAUAUCCUGAUGGUGCUGGGGUGGAGGUGGGGGGAGGCCCCUUCAUCUUGCUGUCACUGUCUGGAUACUGCAAAAAGCAGGAAGAGGGUCUGCAAAUGGUAGAUCCUCCCUCUUAAUAUAAUGUUUCUCAGACAUUUUUAUGCAGUGGUGCACAAUCUCAUAGCCAAUCAUGCUCUGCUGCCUUCUGGUUCUGUUACUGCAGCUCUAGCUUGGACAUGCAACAAGCGUCAGACAGCUGGGAUGGCAAAGCCUCUCUGGUGGGUGAGUUGGUGGAGCAGCCAGAGAACUCUUGAG